AUGACUUUGAAACGGAUUCACCGUGAAGUCGCUGAUCUGAAGAAAGAGGAUUUGGGUGCGAUGACACUCGGACCGUCAGACGAUAACUUGUUCCUAUGGAAAGGACAGAUUCCCGGACCAGCCGGCAGUGUUUAUGAAGGCGGGAUGUUUGAUUUAGAUGUCAAUCUCGCGUCGGAUUAUCCCUUUACCGCUCCCAGAGUCACAUUCAAGACCAGGAUUUACCAUAUGAAUAUUUCUGAACGCGGCGACAUAUGUAUCGACAUCCUGAAACACAAUUGGUCUCCGGCACUAUCGCUAUUCAAAGUCCUGCUGUCAUUGUCCUCUCUCUUGACGGACCCCAAUCCCCCAAUUCCUCUCUUAGUGAGUUCAAUAGCGAACCAGUACACAUCAAACAAGAAAUUACAUGACUCAACCGCCCGACAAUGGACGCAACUUUAUGCGAUGCCAAAACCUCCACCGCCGCCGCCUGCAGCUCCACAUUCAAAGGCAACAGCCUCGACGAGGGCUCGAGGAAAAGCCAAAGCCUCUAACCUUCCCAAUCCCACCAACAUCAAUUCAUCCUCGUCAUCGUCUACUUCAAGAUCUGCGCGCCUCGGAACACAGGAUACAAUCACAAUAGAAGACUCAGACAAUGAGGAUGAACAUCAGUCGCGUACUAGGUCGAAAGCAGGUUCCAAGAGGAAACGAGGGGCGGGUACCAAUAGUCUGGAUGCUGACAGUGCGACAACUGAGGAGUCUUUGGAUUUGGACGAUGAUGACGAAAUCGAGUUUGCUGAGGCAAGGAGGAGUCACAAGCGACCAACGAGGGCUACCCCUGCGGCGCGAGGGCGACACGUGGAUGAUUCGGAUGUUAUCGUGAUCGACGAUGAAGAUUAA